GGAAGUUCCUCUCUCGGCCUUUUUUUUUUCCUUUCUUUUUUUUUUUUUGCUUAGGAUUGUAGCAAACAGACUCCAAACCGCUGAGGAGAUCGCUGCAGAUCGACGUGACGACGCUCCUAAAGUCCAACCGGAGGCUCAACAUUUUUGAUGAUCUGCACAACAUCACCUCAGGGAUUUGGCCUCUGAAAAACACGAGCCAUGUACCAAGUGGUGCCCGGCGGCGCCGGGGGGACGAUUACAGAUGUUAUCCCCAAGCAGAAGCACACCAAGGAUUCUCGACCCUUGGUUGGAGCUGGAGUCAUCGGCCUGUUUCUGGUCAUCGCAGCCGUGACUGCCUGGUGUUACUACAUAGCCUCCCUGCGCAAAGCGGAGCUGCUGAAGACUCAGCUGCUGGACCUCAAUAAGGACGGCUACAUUAUCCGCAACCAGGGAGGGUCCAUUGUCUUCAGAAUGGAUUUCAGAUCAGGGACCCUGGACUUGGACUCCUGCUCCAAGGAAGAGGAAAUUCUUCGUUGUGGUCRGACCACUGACAGGAAGCUUAAGUUUUUCAUAAAGACAGUGCGGCCCAAGGACACUGUGCAGUGCUACCGUGUCCGCUGGGAAGAACUGGUUCCCAACAUUCCUGUUGAGCAUGCCAUGACUUACAAGUUUGCGCACUGGUAUGGGGGAGCAGUGUCAGCAAUUCAGCACUGGCCUAUUUCUAUUUCAGGCCAACAGGCUCCCAAACCCUUUGUCACGAGCGACAUCUACUCAAACCGGGAAGAAUUUGGAGGAAUCUUGGAAAGUUACUGGCUGUCAUCCAACGCCACGGCCAUCAAGAUCAACAACUCUGUGCCUUUUCACCUUGGCUGGAAUGACACGGAAAAAACCAUGUACUUCCAAGCGAGGUAUCACGAUUCCCCCUUCAAGCCAAACCCGGGUGAGGCUCCUUGUGCUGAACUGAGCUACAGAGUCUGCGUAGGUCUGGAUGUGACAUCCAUACWCAAGUACAUGGUUCGGAGAUACUUCAACAAACCGUACAAAGUGCCUGCCAAAGUCAUGUUUGAGCAUCCUAUUUGGUCGACUUGGRCUAUAUAKAAGCGUGACAUUGAUCAAGAAAAACUUUUGACGUAUGCUGCCAACAUUCGCAAGUACAAUUUUAACUGUAGUCAUCUGGAACUCGACGACCGCUACACAAAACGUUACGGAGAUUUCGAGUUUGACCCAGUCAAGUUCCCUAAUGCAUCUGAAAUGUUCCAAAAGUUAAAAUCGGAUGGAUUUCUGGUGUCGCUAUGGAUCCAUCCUUUCGUUAACUAUGACUCUGAAAAUUUCCAUCCUCUGGUAGAGCGAGGGCUGUUUGUCCGAGAGCCAACAGGACGGCUGCCUGCGUUGGUUAAUUGGUGGAAUGGCAUUGGCGGCAUUUUGGACUUUACCAAUCCAGAGGCCCGGGAAUGGUUUGCCUCCCAGCUACGUUCACUGCGCUCAAGGUAUGGGGUGUCGUCUUUUAAAUUUGAUGCAGGGGAGACGAACUACUUACCUUGGAAAUUUAGCACAAAGAAUCACAUUCGCGACCCCAGUUUUUUCACAAGGCGCUACACAGAGAUGGCUGUUCACUACAAUGAUCGAGCUGAGCUGCGCAGUGGUUACCAGUCCCAGAACAUAUCCUGCUUCUUCAGACCGACUGACAGAGAUUCUGUGUGGGGUUAUGAGCUGGGCCUCAAAUCUCUCAUCCCCACAGUGCUGACCAUCAGCAUCCUUGGGUAUCAGUUCAUCCUGCCGGACAUGAUCGGGGGCAACGCCUACGUGAACUACACAAGCGGAGAUCGGGCAUUACCUGAUCGAGAGCUGUACAUCCGCUGGCUGGAGCUGUCUGYCUUCAUGCCUUCUAUGCAGUUUUCUAUACCUCCAUGGGAAUAYGAUAACGAAGUGGUGGAAAUUGCUCGGAAGUACACAGCCAUUCACGAAAGCAUUGUGGCGCCGCGGGUCCUCGAGCUGGCAGGGGAGGUUUUGGACACCGGGGACCCGAUCAUACGGCCACUGUGGUGGAUUGCCACUGGGGAUGAGAGGGCCUAUAAAAUUGAUUCCCAGUUCCUGAUUGGGGACGACUUAAUGGUAGCUCCAGUUUUAGAGCCUGGAAAGCAAGAACGAGACAUAUACCUACCCGCUGGGCACUGGAGAAGCUACAAGGGGGAAAGAUUCGACCUCAAGGAGCCACUACACCUCACAGAUUAUCCAGUGGACCUGGAUGAAAUUGCCUACUUUCUUUGGGUUUAGCGAGAAAGAAAGUGAAAGGCUUGAUCAUUUCAUGCUCCCAUUUCCAUCCUUUUGUGCCUUUCAAAGAGAUUYAAACACCUUGAACUUUUUUCAUAUUUUGUCACUCUACAAGCAUAAAAGUCAACGUAUUUUCAUGAACUUUUAGGUGUUGAUUUCCCACAAAGUAUUAUGUAAUCUAAYGUGAAGUAAAAGGAUGCAUGGUUUAAAAAAAGAAAAAAUUCUGCAGCUGGAAGUGUAAUUUGGUUUUUGUCUACUUGCUUUUYACAUCUAGAGACUGAAAUGUUUCUCCAUUGGUCUUUGCAAAAUAGCACAACUUAAUCAGAUUUGAAAUAGGGCRUUCUGGCACAGAUUCUCAUUUCUUCUUAGGUCUGGAUUUUGGGCAAUUUUUAGACAUGUAUGUUUAAAGCAUUCCAGUGUGCCUGUGUAUGUUUUGGUUUAGAGUAUCCWAAAUGACUUGUGAGAAACUUCCAACAUUACGUCAUGUUUCUUUCCUUCAGCAAUGACUUUCUUGCURUUGCUGCCUCRUAAAGUCCAGUUAGUAGAAGGCAUAACAAUUUCUAUAAAAUUCUUCCAGAAUUUAGUUUUUGAUCAGURCAACUUCUUGACUACUUUUCAAAUUAAUGCUCCACUUGCCUGGCCUGUUUGUUUAGGAUAGCCAUGUCUUGGCAGGUUUGCAGUUUUUCUAUUUUUAGAUCACAGAUUGAACAGCCCUCUGUGAGAUCCUCACAGCUACGGACAGUUUUGUAAGCCAAAUCCGCUAUAAGCUUAUCAGCAAGUUUAUUGCUAUGUUCUUUGGUCUUUAUGUUGUUGUUUGUUCUCUUAUGUUCUUCAACAAAUUGCCUUCAAAGAACACCAAGAUUUAUUCAUACAAAUUGACACAGUGGUUUUUCAAGGCAAUUGGUUGCCCUGGWUUUUCUUAAGGAAUAUCGGAGUAAAAGAGGCUGCAWGAGAAACGUUUCGGAGGUGCAAAAUAUCUUGAAAGCCAUGCAUCUCUCGUCAACCUUUUCACAAUUACGUUGUGUCAUSCCACAAAAAUCCCAAYAAAUACAUUGUGGUUUGUGGUUGUAAUGUGACAAAAUGUGAAAAAGUUUAAGGGGUUUGUAUARUUUGGCACUGUGUAUGUAUAGCAGGUGACGUGAUGCGAAAUGUAGGAAAGUUCACCUUCCCUUAAAUAGCUGUGAACAGGAAUUUAAUUUGUGAAAUUGUUGCAGAUAUGAAAAGCUUGGUCUUUAUUUGAAUUUAGUUUUUUUUUUUUUUUUUGCUUAUUGUUGCCAUAUUCUUUAGCAUUUGCCACUUUUUUUAAAAAUAUAAAUCUGUCAUCUGUAGCCAGUACUGGCCACUUUAUACCAUUCUGCCUUACCAAAAGAACUAAGAACACAAUUAAAUCUCCAUAUAAUCUCAAGCUCACUGAAUAAGCAGGCAGAAUCCAGAUUUUAGACAUUUAGCGCCGCUUCAAGUCUUACAUUAAACAUGUAGUAAAGAGGGAAUAUAUAAGCCAAUAAUUGUUUGCCAUAAAGCUGUUUUCUCAGAACCAUUAGGCAGAUUGUAYGCUACAUGAUGAUAUUCUGUUCUCCUGCGAWGCUAAUGACUGCUCCUCUCGUCGUUUGUUGAUUCUUAUCAGGAAGCCAGGUUUAACGCUUCAGCUAUCAGGACAAGAAGCCGCAGGUUUAAUCAUUACUUUGUCUCACUGUGUAACAUGGUGCCUUGUAACACGUUUUAGACAAGUAGAAGACGUUUUAAAUAUUUAAUGCUUUUCCUCAGGUAACGGCUUUCUCAGGCUUUGUUGUGUUUAAGGUGUGYAACUUUUAUUAAUGCUUUCAAAAAGGCUAGAAACAAUUUAUUGUAGCAUAUAUACGGAUGGCCGUAACUGGAAUCCUAAGUGUUUAUUCAGCUUUUUAUCAAUUAAAUGAUAAAUAAUUAUAAUUUUGGAAGUCAAUAGCUUAGCUGACCUGGAUUCCCAGCAUAAAUGGUACAACAUUUUCUUGCCAUGUUCCUUUAAUGUAAUGUUUAUGUAUGUUUUUCAGUAUGCUGCUUCAAGCUGCUCGUUUUCCCCGUUCCUUUUUAGAUCAUCAGUUGUUGCAAUAUAAGCUUUUUAUAAUAGGGUUUUUUGGUAACUAAAGAUGAAACAGAUAUCAAUCAUUUGAUUCAGGAUCGGAGUUUCAGACGGAUGCGUUCAUCUGACAUCUCAAAUAGAUACCUAAUAAUACCUCCUCUGACCCCCCCCUCCCUCCCCCGCCCCAAAAUAAAAUAAGAUGAAUACUGUGAACAAGUGCCAACUUCAUUUGUGCUUCACAUAUUCAGACGCACAAAAUGACAUAAUUCAAGGACUGCUUAAUGACAGGAUUUUUAUUAUACUUGUUUUUGUUGGCCUUUUAAAAAAAUUGUUAAUGAAUUCUUGUUCCUUUUUGAAGCUAAAAUAAAAUAUGACAUUGAAAUUUAAGACCAAGGCCUGACCCACUCCUCUCUCUAUUAAUGUAUGAAUUGACCCUUUUUGAAAUAUUGUAUACUAAUGCUCUGUGCCUUUGACCCAUAAAGURGUGCUAACCUAACUUGAGCCUUCAGCUUGCUGCUUUGACUCUGACCUCUGUGUGUUUUGUUUUUGUCCUUUGACAUCUCGUCAAGAAAACAUAGCUACGUAUUUAUAGCGGCUCUCGCUUAGCAUCUGUGCCAGGCUCGUCUUUGACACUAUUUCUGUCUUAUGGCUCGACUGACUGGUCUGGCUAUUUUUGCUUUUGAUUCUUAGAGCUCAGUGUGGGCCUUUGAUGUUUAAUUUUUUUUUCUUUUUAAUAUAUGUGCUUGGAUGGGACUAAAAAUCUGCAUUCAUUCUAAUGUGAUUUUGUACUAAUGUAUUAAAAGAAUUAUGAAACCAUCA